GGUGUCGCCGUGGUGGCUCCCAUUCGAAGGCGACGGCGGUCGUCUGUGUUUCUGUCCUGAAAUCUGUCCGGAUAAAAGCGAAAUAAACUCCCGACGGACACUGAACUUUACACACUUUAACGUCUUUGGUUUUUACAACUCGUUCUCGGUCGGGCUUUGUGGACGGGCUCUGGCAUGACGGAGUGUGUGUGUGUGUGCCGAGAAUUUGAAUCAGCUUCGCCGUUAGUUUGAAGAAAGAGAGAGAAGGGCGAAGAAAAACAGAUGAGAGAGAGAGAAAGAGAGAGGGAGAGGGGAGCCAUUUUGUCCCGACUGUGUGGGAGAAGAGAAAGAGUGGAAAAGAGGAUUCACAACGGGAGGAGAUCCUAUUUUCUUAGCUUUGUGUUGUCGUGCUGUAAAGGUGGGGGGGGCUCUGGAGAUAUAACCUUACGGACACAUCUACGGCGGCUCGGUAGCUCUUUUUGUCGGGUGGUAUUUUAGCCAACUAGCUCGCCGAAGCUAAUCAACAAAUCCCAGAUUGUUAACUGUGAACAGCCCAAGAGAAGCGGGGCAGUCGGUCCGGUUGGCCACGGAGCUGGAUUUAGACUUCACACAGGAGUGCUUUAGUUGAUCUGCUGUGGGGUUAUUAUUAUUUUUUUUUUUUUCUCUCUCUCUCGGGGUUUAUCUUCUGGCUGUUUUUCAAUGGCGAAGAAGACGUACGACUUGCUGUUCAAGCUGCUUCUGAUCGGAGACUCGGGCGUGGGGAAGACCUGUGUGCUGUUCCGCUUCUCCGACGACGCCUUCAACACAACCUUCAUCUCCACUAUAGGAAUAGACUUCAAGAUCAAAACAGUUGAAUUACAAGGAAAGAAGAUCAAACUACAGAUCUGGGACACAGCGGGCCAGGAACGGUUCCACACCAUCACCACCUCCUACUACAGAGGAGCCAUGGGCAUCAUGCUGGUCUACGACAUCACCAAUGCCAAGAGCUUCGAAAACAUCAGCAAAUGGCUGCGCAACAUUGACGAGCAUGCAAAUGAGGACGUCGAAAGGAUGCUGCUAGGCAACAAGUGUGACAUGGAGGACAAGAGGGUCGUACCAAAAGCCAAGGGGGAGCAGAUUGCGAGGGAGCACGGCAUUAGGUUUUUUGAAACGAGUGCUAAGGCCAACAUCAACAUCGAGAAGGCUUUCCUCACGUUAGCAGAAGACAUCCUGAGAAAGACGCCUGUAAAAGAGCCCAACAGUGAAAACGUCGACAUCAGCAGUGGAAGUGGAGUCACAGGCUGGAAGAGCAAGUGCUGCAGUUGAACAACUCCUCUUGUUUCACUCACACUAACGCACACAGACACACACAGACACACAUACAAACACAUAUUCUCUCUCUCUCUCUCUAAAUGCUAACUCUAACUCUCUCGCUCUCUAACCUGUCUCAUGAGUUUUCUUGCACACUGACACUCUCUGUCUGUCUCUUUAUCAGAGUAAAACAAUAAACCACUUCACGUGUCUAAUCCCCCCUCCUCCCCCCCACCCCACCCCACCAUAUUCUUCCACUCUCCAUCUGAUGAUCAUUUUUAUUUCUGAUAAAAAGAGAAAUCCAGUCACGUUUCUUGUCAUUUGUUUUAAAAGUUGUAAAAAAAAGAUUUAAAAAAAAUGAGAAAAGACAAGCUCAUAUUUUUAAUAUUUCCUUUGCCUGAGCUCACCUGGUUGGACACCCUCACCUACCCUUAACUCCCCCCCUUCCCCACUUUCCCCACUCACCCACAGCACUCACCUUCAGUCAGAGGAAAUCAAAAUAAAAGAGAAAAUCAAACAAAAAAUGACAAAUGUAGGAUUAACAUUUUGUACACUUAGUGGGGUUUCUGUUGUCUAACCGUAUUUGGUCAUUUACAAUUUGUUACCAAGUGACAGAGGCGUGGCUAGCUCCUUUUGUAUGUGGGGGUUUAUUUUGUCCUGUGCCUUAUAUGGAAGACAGGGGCGGGGCUGUGUGGUGGGCGGAGCCACAUCCACCCAAUGAAAUUACAGUUUAAUAUUCUGUUGGUUCAGGCUCUCAUCACGAGGAAGCCGAACUUGAAGCAGACGCGUUUGAAUUUCUCCUCCAGCCAAGAGAACGGCAUUAUACAGUAUGUCCUGUUUAUUGAUGUUUUAUUUUUAUCUGUAUGAUUUAUUUUACUUUUGUUUUAUUUCUUUUUCCUUAUUUGGGUUGAUUUUUUUUUUUUUGAUUUUUUUUUUUUUUGUUCCUGCAUGCAGAUUUCUUUGGGUUGGAAGCGUUUCUGUAACGUUGUGUAACGUUUGCCACUGGGUAACUGUGGGCGGGAGGUACAGAAGUUCUCUUUGGAAAUUCAAACAGUUUUGCAGAUCCAUUAAAAAUAAGCUUGUUUAAGUUAA